AUUUGAAGUUUGGACCGUUGUGGGGCCCACUCGAGCGCUCUACAUAUCCACUCCGAGCUGAUCAAUCUUUCGCAUCGGCUCAGACUUGGGUAUUUGACUUCACUCCACUGGGAUAGGAGGUACAGGAUUAGGGGAUGGCGUCGUUGGCAGCCCAACUUGUUUUGCCUUCAGAGAAUGGUUACAGGGCAUGGGAGGAUCAGUCUUUCAUCAAAUGGAAGAAGAGAGAUUCUCAUGUUACGUUACGGUGCCAUGAAUCUGUUGAAGGAUCUCUUAAAUUCUGGUAUGAGCGCACCAAAGUUGAUGUUUCAGUCUCGAACUCUGCUGUUUGGAAUGAUGACGCUAUUCUUGGAUCUCUAGAUAGUGCUGCUUUCUGGGUCAAGGGCCUGCCUUUUGUUAAGUCUUUGUCUGGCUAUUGGAAAUUCUUCUUGGCUCCCAGUCCUUCCUCUGUUCCUGAGAAUUUCUACAAUGUUGCAUUUCAAGAUUCUGAGUGGGAUAAAUUGUCAGUUCCCUCCAAUUGGCAGAUGCACGGAUUUGAUCGUCCUAUCUAUACGAAUGUUGUAUAUCCAUUUCCACUUGAUCCUCCAAAUGUUCCUGCAAAUAAUCCUACUGGCUGCUACAGGACAUACUUCAACAUUCCUAAAGCAUGGCAAGGUCGUAGGAUUUUCCUGCACUUUGAAGCUGUUGAUUCUGCCUUUUUUGCAUGGAUAAAUGGGGUCCCUGUUGGAUAUAGUCAGGAUAGUAGACUACCAGCUGAGUUUGAAAUCUCUGAUUACUGUUACCCAUGCGAUUCCAAGAAGGAAAAUGUUUUGGCAGUUCAAGUUUUCAGAUGGAGUGAUGGAUCUUACCUCGAAGAUCAAGAUCAUUGGUGGUUAUCAGGGAUUCAUCGCGAUGUGCAUCUUUUAGCCAAGCCUCAGGUAUUUAUUGAGGACUAUUUUUUCAAGUCAAACCUUGCUGAGAAUUUCUCUGUGGCAGAUAUUGAGGUUGAAGUAAAAAUAAAUAUCUCACGAGAAACUUCUGGGGACGAUCUGCUUGCCAGUUUGAGCAUAGAAGCUGAAUUGUAUGACAGUGGGAGCUGGCAUGCACGUGAUGGACAUGUUGAUCUACUUUCAUCUAAUGUGGCUAAGAUGACGCUAAAUUCGUCUGCCAGAACUAUUCAUGGAUUUCCUGGAUAUGUGCUUGCUGGAAAACUUGAGAUGCCCAGGCUCUGGUCUGCAGAGCAACCAAGUCUGUACAUCCUGGUUAUCAUCCUUCGAGAUGCAAAAUCAGGCCACAUAGUUGACUGUGAAUCAUGCCUUGUUGGCAUCAGACAAGUUUCGAAAUCCCUGAAACAGCUGCUUGUUAAUGGGCAUCCAAUUAUGAUCAGAGGAGUAAACAGGCAUGAGCACCACCCAAGGGUGGGGAAGACAAACAUGGAGUCCUGUAUGGUUAAGGAUUUAGUAUUAAUGAAGCAAAACAAUAUUAAUGCUGUGAGAAACAGCCAUUACCCUCAGCAUCCUCGAUGGUACGAAUUGUGUGAUCUGUUUGGCAUGUACAUGAUAGAUGAAGCCAAUAUUGAGACACAUGGCUUUUGUCUUUCUGGGAGUGUUAAGCAUCCUUCUUCAGAAUCAAGUUGGGCUGCUGCAAUGAUGGAUCGUGUGAUAGGCAUGGUAGAGAGGGACAAGAAUCAUGCAUGUAUCAUUUCUUGGUCCUUAGGAAAUGAGUCGGACUACGGGCCUAAUCAUUCUGCUUUAGCUGGUUGGAUCCGAGGAAAAGACCCCUCGCGUCUAUUACACUAUGAAGGAGGUGGAGCUAGAACAACAUCCACUGAUAUUGUAUGCCCCAUGUAUAUGCGUGUUUGGGACAUAGUGAAAAUAGCAAAAGAUCCGACUGAAACUCGCCCUCUGAUUUUGUGCGAGUAUUCACAUUCAAUGGGGAAUAGCAAUGGAAAUAUACAUGAAUAUUGGGAAGCAAUUGAUAACACAUUUGGACUCCAAGGGGGCUUUAUCUGGGAAUGGGUUGACCAGGGUUUAUUGAAGGACAGUGGAGAUGGUAGUAAACAUUGGGCAUACGGAGGUGAUUUUGGUGAUGAGCCAAAUGAUUUAAACUUCUGUCUCAAUGGCCUUGUAUGGCCAAACCGAAGUCCUCAUCCUGCAUUACAUGAAGUUAAGUAUGUCUAUCAACCAAUCAAGGCUUCAUUAAGGGGAAACACACUUGAGAUAUCCAACACUCACUUUUUUCAAACAACGGAAGGGUUGGAGUUUAGCUGGAUUGCUCAUGGUGAUGGAUGUAUUCUUGGAUCUGGAAAGCUUGCUCUUCCUCUGAUUAAACCCCAAAGUAAAUAUGAAAUUGAAUGGGAAUCAAGUCCGUGGAGUUCUCUGUGGGAUUCAUCUUCUGCAGAAGAACUUUUCCUGACGAUAACUGUGAAGCACUUGCACUCUACACGCUGGGUUAAAAAUGGUCAUGUCAUUUCGUCUACACAAGUCAAGCUUCCAGCCAAAAGAGAGAUUGUACCUCAUGUCAUCAAAACUCCAGAUGCUGUUAUUUUUGCUGAAACUUUAGGUGAUAGAAUCAGAGUCAGCCAGAAAAACUUUUGGGAGCUAAACUUGAAUGUUCAAACAGGAGCUAUUGAAAGCUGGAAGGUUGAAGGAGUUACUGUGAUGAACAAAGGUGUAUUCCCAUGUUUCUGGCGUGCACCUACAGAUAAUGACAAAGGGGGAGAGACAAACAGUUACUACUCCAGGUGGAAAGCUGCACAUAUUGAUAGCCUCAAGUUUCUUACCGAAAGCUGUUCCAUUCAGAACAUGACGGACAAUGUGAAAAUUGAGGUAAUUUACCUAGGUGUCCCAAAUGGUGAGGAUGCUUCUCUCUCUGCACCUGGGAAAACAAAUGCUUUAUUCACGAUUAAUAUGAAUUACACAAUAUAUGGUUCCGGGGAUGUUAUUAUUGAAUGUGAUGUAAAGCCAAGUUUGGAUCUCCCACCUUUGCCACGAGUGGGAGUUGAAUUUCACUUGGAAGAAUCAAUGAACCGAAUCCAGUGGUAUGGAAGAGGACCAUUUGAAUGUUAUCCUGAUAGAAAAGCUGCUGCCCAUGUUGGGGUCUAUGAGAAAAAGGUCGAGGAUAUGCAUGUUCCUUACGUUGUCCCUGGAGAAUGUUCUGGACGGGCAGAUAUUCGGUGGGUUACAUUUCAAAACGAGGAUGGGGUUGGAAUUUAUGCUGCAACAUAUGGCAGCUCCUCUCCCUUGCAAUUAAAUGCUAGUUACUAUGCCACAGGAGAGCUCGACAGAGCAACACAUAAUGAAAAGCUCGUCAAAGGAAAUGACAUUGAGGUACAUCUUGACCACAAACACAUGGGUCUAGGGGGAGAUGAUAGCUGGUCGCCAUGUGUUCACGACGAGUAUCUAGUUCCUGCUGUUCCGUACUCAUUUUCUAUCAGGCUGUGUCCAAUGACAGAAGCAACCUCUGGCCUUCAGAUCUAUAAAUCCCAACGUCAAUACUAAUUAUAUCCUCUGGAGAGGGGGCCAUAUAAAGAGGUCUUCUGUUUUAAGGUCAUGUAUUUAUAUAUAUACAACCAUGAUAUGCCUUCCUGCCUGUUUCUUUUCCCACUACUUUACUUUGUUGAUCUCAAAAUAAUGGCAAGGCAUCUUCAUGUAAUUACAGCUGUGAAAAUGUCGAACCUAAACUAGUAGUAUUUAAGCUAAACGUUCAUCAGUUAUUCUAAGGGUUCAAAAGACAUAUUGCUUCA